AUGGUUCACGUCGAAGAGUCUCUUCAACUCCCCAGAGACUUUGAAGGUUUUGGCGAAGAUGGUCAUGACGCACAAUGGCCAAACGGCGCCCGCAUAGCAGUUUCCUUUGUACUUAACUAUGAAGAAGGUGGCGAGAGAAACCCCAUGGAUGGCGAUGGCAUUAGCGAACCCUACCUGUGGGAGAAAGGCCCUUCGGGCGGUGGCAGGGAACAGCGCCAUUUGAACGGCGAGCAAGAUUACGAAUAUGGUAGCAGGUGCGGCGCUUGGCGGAUACUACGCCUUAUGAAGGAGUUCGGCUGGAACAUGACCCUGUGGGCCAUUGCAGUGGCCAUGGAGAGAAAUCCUACGUUUGCAAAAGCUUGCGUAAGAGACGGCCAUGAAAUUGGGGCUCAUGGGUAUAGAUGGCUAGACAUAUGGGACUAUUCACUUGAAGACGAUAAGGCGUAUAUUAAGAAGACAUGCAAAGCCUUGGAAGCGGCAACUGGCGAAUUUCCGGUAGGAGCAUACUUCGGCAGAGGCACGCCAAAUACAGCCAGCCUGCUCCCAAUCAUGUGGAAAGAGAUGGGUCACAAAAUGCUCUACACAUCGGAAGUCUAUAAUGAAGACUCGCCAUAUUGGAUCGAUCUUCCCUGGGAGAAGCAACUGCCUGAAUCGGAGAAAGAGGGCCUGUUGAUGAUGCCGUACAACUACGAUUGCAACGACGGAAAGUUUCACAUGCUCCCUGGUUUCGUAAGCUCAGCAGGUGCAGUGUACGAGCAGUAUCUCAAGGAUACGUUUGACUGCUUAUACAGAGAAGGCGUCUGGGUCGAAGACUGGUUGUUCAUAGAUCUCUUCGUACCUAUGGAUCUGGAUCGAAAUGAUUAUUUGGCCACGCGGAUCAUGGGCUAG